CUUGGUAGUGUGGACAUGGCCAAUCUAGACAGCCUCCAGAAGAAGAACUACCAUCAUCUCUCAGCAGCUGGUGAUGACAGCAUGCAGAAUUCAAGGACCAUCAAACUUGUAGAAGAAAUCUUGACAAAAGAGCCAUUCAACCUACCAAACAUCACUGAUUUGAGAGCAGUUGACACCAUCGAUCCUGAAGUAGACGUAGAUGGAGGAAUUGAACAAGACAUCUUCGACAUCAAUGAAGCUGUAGGACUAGACCUUUUUGAGGGAGACAUCAAACUUCAUGUGGAACGAAACUCCAUCAUUGGUGACAACUAUCGGUGGCCCCAUGUUGUUCCCUAUGUCCUCGAGGACAGCCUAGAAAUGAAUGCUAAGGGACUCAUCCUCAAGGCAUUUGAACAGUAUCGACUGAAAACCUGUAUUGACUUUAAACCUUGGGAAGGGGAGAAGAAUUACAUAUCUGUGUUCAAAGGAAGCGGCUGCUGGUCCUACGUGGGAAAGAACCAAGUGGGAUUGCAGCAACUCUCCAUCGGAACCAGCUGUGACAGGAUUGGGACAAUCCAGCAUGAGUUCCUGCAUGCCCUGGGAUUCUGGCAUGAGCAGUCACGGUCUGACCGGGAUGACUAUGUGACCAUCGUCUGGGACAGGAUUCAGUCUGGUAGAGAACAUAAUUUCAAUAAAUAUGAUGAUAAAACAUCGGACUUCCUGAAUGUUCCCUAUGACUAUAAUUCUGUGAUGCACUAUAGCAAAACUGCGUUCAGGAAUGGAACUGAACCCACCAUCAUCACUAACAUACCAGACUUCAUCGAUGUUAUAGGACAGCGAAUGGAUUUCAGUGAUUAUGAUCUCCAGAAGCUGAACCGGCUGUACAAUUGCUCCUCCUCACUAAGUUUCUUGGACACGUGCAGUUUUGAACUUGAAAAUAUUUGUGGCAUGAUUCAAAGUUCAGACGAUAACAGUGAUUGGCAGCGUUUACCUCAGGUUCCUGCUGGGCCAAAUACUGAUCACACUAAUAUGGGAGAAUGCAAAGAUUCUGGCUACUUCAUGCAUUUCAACACCAGUGCUGGAGCAGAAGCAAGCACAGCUCUCCUGGAGAGCCGACUUUUUUAUCCCAAAAGAGGCUUUCAGUGCUUACAAUUCUAUUUAUAUAACAGUGGUCAUGAAAGCGACCGGUUGCACGUCUUGGUCAGGGAAUACACUUCAGCCCAUCCGAAUGGCACUUUGAGAUUCAUUGAAGAGAUAAAAGGUUCACCUGAGACUUACUGGCAGCUCCAUCAUGUUUCUUUGAAUGUCACAAGUAAAUUCCGUGUUGUGUUUCAAGGCGUUAAAGGAAGUGGCUUAUCAAAUGGAGGCCUCUCUAUUGACGACAUCAACUUAUCAGAAACUCAGUGUCCCCACCAUGUCUGGCAUAUCAGAAAUUUCACACAUCUCCUCAACACUAGUUCAGCAGGGGAAGCAGGAAAAAUAUACAGUCCACCUUUUUACUCUAGUAAAGGGUAUGCUUUCCAGGUCAGCUUGUAUGUAAAUGGUACCACUGAUAACCCAUUUAAUUUAGGAAUAUACUUGUACUUGAUUUCUGGAGCAAAUGAUGAUCAUUUGCAAUGGCCCUGUGCAUGGCAACAAGGUACCAUGAUUCUGCUAGACCAGCAUCCUGAUAUUCGUCAACGGAUGUCAAACCAAAGGAGUAUAACAACAGACCCCCUGAGAUUAUCAGGUUCCUCAUCAAAUUAUUUUUGGGAUAGGCCAGAUAAAGUGGGAUCCCUAGCAACUUUUCCCAAUGGAACUGAAUUCUGGAGAGGUCCAGGACUUGGAACAGAGACAUUUUUAACUCAUGAGAGACUUAGAAGCCGCAACUUUAUUAAAGAAGAUGGUGUCUAUAUACUUUUAACAAUGGAAGAUAUAUCACAUCUACUGUCAACUGAGCCGAGUGUUUCACCCACUGUCAAACCUGACUCCAGCCCUACUCCCAUCACCAAGCCAGGCAUCAACACUGAGCCCAUGGCCACAGAAGAGCCAGAGCCAGAGGGCCCAUUUUUCUGUCCAAAUAACCAUUGUGAAAAUGAUGGUGUCUGUGUCAUGGUAGAUAGAGCACCAGAGUGCAGAUGUCCAGCAGGUGAAGGCUGGUGGUACAUGGGAGAAAAGUGUGAAAAGAAAGGCUCAGCUCAAGAAAAUAUUGUAAUAGCUGUUUCUUCAACCGUAGCUGUAUUUGUUGUAAUGCUUAUUGUCACUAUCACAACUGCAGUGUGCCUUAAAAAGAAAUACAGAAAAGUAAAGGAAAAUAGAGAGAGCUUGACUCUGGGAGAAACUAAAACAUCCUUCUGAAGAUAAUGCAAAUAAGCAUCAAAGACACAAGAUGAACAUCACGGCAAAACCACAACUACGUCAUCAUUCUUUCUGCUCUUUUUAUCUCAACCAUCACAAUAAAGGUUUGUAAAGUCUGGAAAAUAAUUCAUCAUCUAGAUAAAAUACUGUGCUGAAGUCA